CAAAGAUAGACAAAACAAUAAAAACUAAGCCCAAAAGCAAAAGCUUUGUCUGAUUUGUGUCCCUCUCUAAUGGAAACUUGUUGAAAACACAAAAACCCCAACUCAGAGCUGACAAACAAACAACACAGAGCUCCGUCAUGAAUUUCCCUCGUCCACCGCCCGUCCCCGGCUUAAUCCGCCGGCCGGUAGGUCCCUCACCACCACCUCCAUCUCCAGAUCCACCUCAAUUACUCUCUCAAUCAAAUCAUCCCCUCCCUUCUUCUUCAACCGGAGUCGUCGUCGUAGGCUUCCUCUCACGAAGACCAGACGAUUCAUCACACCUUAUUAACCAAGUUCUUGACAACAACGUCUUCGGUUCUGGAAAAUUGAACAAGAUCCUUACCGUUGAUAAACCGGAUUUUCAAGAUUGGUUUAGGUUCCGGAAGAUUUGUUAUUACCACGAAGAGGAUAAAGGAAUCGUCUUUGUGCAAUUCUCACCUACCCUUUGCCCUGCUUUAUCGAGUUCUGACUCGGGUUUUGAUUCUGUUUUGGAGGAACGAGAGUUUGGUGAUCUUCAGGGUUUGCUAUUUAUGUUCUCUGUUUGCCAUGUUAUCAUAAACAUUCAGGAGGGGUCGCGAUUUGAUACUCGGCUUUUGAAGAAAUUUCGGGUCUUGCAAGCUUCGAAACAAGCUUUAGCUCCAUUUGUUAGGUCUCAAACAGUUUUACCUUUGACAUCAAGACUUCAUUCAUCGUCAAAUAAUUUUUCACAAGUACACUCAGCUUCGUCGAGAGGUGGGGGGAUUGUAAGUCGGGGUGGUUCGUCUGUGUCUCUCAAGUCUGGUGGAGGCUCCUACACUUCUCUGUUCCCUGGACAGUGUAAUCCUGUCACAUUAUUCGUGUUUUUGGAUGAUUUCUCAGAUAUGUUGAAGUCCAGUUCUAGUGUAGAGGAUUCAACAACCACUUCAUCUGCUAAUGAUCAGUCUGUGAACACAGGAAAGCUUACUAGGUCGGAGUUACCAACGAAAAAUUCUGGUUCUGUAGUUGUUUUAUCUCGCCCAGGAAGUAAAUCUGAAGGGGGGUUGAGGAAAAAAUUACAAUCAUCUCUCGAAGCACAAGUUAGGUUUUUGAUCAAGAAAUGCAGAACGCUCACAGGUUCGGAUAACAAUCAUGUUGGUUCAAGAAGUGGGAGCAUUUCGAGUUAUGCACCGUUAUUUUCGCUGGAUGCAUCAAAGGCUGUUAUUCUCUUAGACCGAUCAAAUAAGAAAGGAGAGGCUUUGGAGUUUGCCUCUUCUCUUGUUGAUGAUGUUUUAAAUGGAAAGGCUAAUUCAGACUCUCUGUUGCUUGAAAACAAUUGCCAGAUGUCUACCAAAGAAGAUGUGCUAUGUGUGAAAGAGUUCAUCUACAGGUGCUCUGAUAUUUUAAGAGGUAAAGGAGGAUUGGCUGCUAAUUCAGGUAGUGCUGGCGUCGGAAUGGUCGCAGUUGCAGCAGCAACAGCAGCUGCCUCAACUGGAUCCAGAAAAACGUAUAGUGCACCACAGCUGCCACAAUUGGAUGAAUGGCUCUCUUGCAGUCAUCAAAUUUUAGAUGGAAUUAUAACUGCGAAAAUUGUGUCUACUAAUGAAAUCGACCUACGCAAGAAGAAAUCUCGUGAAAGAAACAUGUCCCCUGUGAAAGAUGAAGCAAGGUCAUCUAAGGGCCCAGAAACUUUGGAUAUUGCUGUCUCUUUGUUAGGAAGUGGAAAAGGUCUGAAUUUGAAGUUUUCAUCCUUAUGGUGUGAAAGAGCCUUUCCGGCUGCUAAAGACGUGUAUUUAAAAGAUCUCCCCUCCUGUUAUCCUACUUUAGUGCAUGAAGCACACCUACAAAAGGCUUUAUAUACUUUCCGCUCAAUGGUCAGAGGACCCUCAGUGCAGAUUUUCACAAAGAGGUUACAGGAUGAGUGCAUAUCCAUAUGGGAAUCCGGGAGGCAGCUUUGUGAUGCUACCAGUUUAAACCGUGGUUAUGUUUUUCUUCACGCAUGUGCUUGUGGCCGAUCACGGAAAUUACGUUGUGAUCCUUUUGAUUUUGACUCGGCAAAUAUUUCUUUUAACUGCUUUCCAGAUUGUGACAAACUUCUUCCUAGUGUUAAGCUUCCUGAAAUAGCUCAUGCAGGGCCUAUAAUAUCAUCUUCAUGGAGUCUAGUUCGAGUUGGUGGUUCGAGAUACUAUGAACCCUCAAAAGGUUUACUUCAAAGUGGGUUUUCUGCAAUCCAGAAGUUCCUUUUAAAAUUGAUACUCUCUUCGCAGAAAGAUGAUGCUCCAAAUGAUUUGCUGGUUGGGGAAUCGGAGAAAGCUUGUAUAUCUAGGGCAAAUGUAACUAUGGCUAAGACAAUCAGAACUAACAUUGAUUCUGCACCGGUUACCUUGGCCACAGUGACACGUGGAGAAUCUGUUGGUAAUGGUAGUAUUGGUGACAAGAAAAUUAGUUUUGGUAGAGGUCUUCCCAAUUUACUAAUGAGAAAGCCUUUCUCCGAGGUUGUUGCUGGAUCAAAGAGUACAGAUUUGUUAUUUCCUCCCCUUCAACCGAGCAGGCACCCUCCUCCGGCCUUAGAAAAGGUUGUCAAGCAAAAGGUUUGGAAUGGUCUGAGUGAAGAGAGCGUUCAGGAUGCUUGUAAUCAAGAAUGUCAAGAGUUUAAGGACAUUUCUCGUGAUCAGGAAACCUUAGGCAUGUCUAGAGGCAUAUCUGCGACAGGCAAUGACCUUCCGUUGCAAAAUGGUAGUAAUCCUGUGCCAGUAAACUUGAAAGUUGCUGAGAAGGUUACGUCAAGCCCCGUGCAGAAACCUCUGACUGCUUACAUAGGGUUUGAGCACGAGUGCCCCAGUGGUCAUCGCUUUUUAUUGAAUACAGAGCAUCUUGCUAAGCUUGGCCCUUCAUACUCUGUCCCUGAAGAAUAUUUUGAUCCUAAUUCUGCAGAAAGUUCAAAAUUUAAGACUGAACCUUCAAAGCUGGAGAAAAAUAUUGUUUAUGGUAAAGGACGCCGAAAGACAAAUAGGAUGGCUUCUGGAGUGAAUAGGAUGAAAAACAUGGACAGGUCAAACCAAGUGGUCUCAAAAGAUAAUAUUUUUCCUGGAAAAAAAGGGAAUAGAAAUUCAGCUGAUAGUGAACCCAUCAAUCAACAUAUACAUAACCUUGGGGCCAAUAACCAAGAUAAUAACGCUGAAGACUUUGGGGUAGCUUUUUCUAUGCUGAAUAGAAACUUGCCGAUAUUUAUGAAUUGUCCACAUUGCUCAGCUGCUUCUGGAAAGAAAGAUUCUUCAGAUAUCAAGUAUGCGGGUACAAUAUCGCAGCUUCAAAGGAUCUUUCUGGUUACGCCUCAGUUUCCAGUAGUGUUGGCAACUUGUCCAGUGAUAAAGUUUGAGGAGUCAUGUCUACCUCUCUCCAUCACUGACCGUGAACAGAAGUUGCAGUUUAGCCUUGGAUGUCCAGUGAUUUUACCACCUGAUAGUUUUCUCUCUCUAAGAUUGCCAUUUGUGUACGGUGUGCAACUUGAAGAUGGAACACAACUUCCUCUUAUGCCGUCUGCACAAGAACCUGAGAAAACUGCCUGGAUUGUCAAGGGCACGGUGCUUCAGUUUCUAACAAAAGAGAACGAUCUCGGUGAAAAACUCCAGACGUGAUGUGAAUUUGUCUACGCCUUUCAAAUUAUCAUCACAGCGAUGCUUCUCCCAUGCUGUGCACCGAGCAUGCUCCUCUGAACCAGAAACUCUCGUUGCCUAUAAGAUGCUUUUGAAGUCGGGUUUAAAAAGUUGAAGCAUAGAGUGAACAGAUAGGUGAUAAGGGUCACUAGCCACGUUUCAGAUAGCUUGGAGAGCAGAGGAGACAGUGCAAACCUCAGCCAUGAUUGCUGAAACAAGUUUCUGAGAUUGGGACAUCUCAGCCAGAUCUGAUGACUGUUUAAUCCAGAGAAAUGUGCUUUUGAAGUUUCCUAUCUUCUGUGUGAACAAAGCUGUUUUCAUAGAAAGACAGUCAUCUUCUUAUUUAAAGAAAUUUCUUUUUCUGGU